AUGAUUCAAGACCUCCCGUUGGAUGUCCUCACGGACCAUCUGCUCGAUCUCCUCGAGCUCGGUGACCUGCUCAACCUCAGCGAGACCUGCAAAGGCUUUCACGACCUCAUCCUACGCCAAGAGUCUCUAUGGGCGAGGCGUAUCCAGCAAGACUACUCCUUCCCCGUCCACAACAGCGCUCGCCGCUUGGGCUGGCUCAAUCUAUACAAACGCGUUCGACGGCCUCACGUCUAUCUCUGGGGAGAUGCCGCCAACGGACGACUCGCGCUCAGGCAGGAUGAUGAUCGUCACAGGUGGCUCUACGCUGGUGGGAUCCCCGUGCCCCUUCGUGUACGAUUCAACGCGCCGCUCGUUGAGCUCAUCGCUGGCGGUUGGAGCUUCCAUGCGCUCGACACACGAGGGCGAGUAUACUACUGGGGUCAGAUGGACGGCGAGCAAUGGGCUGCGCCCGACGCCAGCUCCACGCAUCCUGGCCGACAAGUCAGCGAGCCAGAGCUACUCAACGUCGAUCUGCCGCCUGUCAAGAUGAUCCAGUGCGGUCGCAAGCACGCUGUCGCGCUGGAUAACAGUGGACACGUGUACGAAUGGUACGCAUGGGGCCGCAUCUUGCGCAUCGGUCAAGCCCGCAGUCAAGCCGGUACUGCGACGAUGAAGGCCCGAGCUAUCUCUGCAGGCUGGCACUUCUCUGCAGCGAUACUCGCGAGCGGCGAGAUCGCGAUCUGGUGGCGCAUAUCUAACACGGCGCAGGAGAUGGAAGCGCUCGCCCGUCGAGGACUUCCAACUGUCGACACCAUCGUCGAGCGCGAUAUGACGACUGUACUUGCGCCUUCACUAGCGUCUGCCUUUCGCGCGACCAGCCCAAGUCUUGCCGAGGCCGAUAUCACGGUCAGCAAACUCGCAGCAGGCAAUGGCUUCCUCAUUGCUCUAUCUCAAAGUGGCAAGGUCUACCGCCUAGAUGUUGGCUUGCCAGUCCUGCAGGAAGAAGCUGCCGCCGAUGAACAGGCACGAGGCAGCUCCGAUGUAUCGGAACAAUGGCUCGUCGAUCAAUUUCGAGUUGGCAACAGGCGCUGGGAGUAUUUGCCUGCUUUUUCAGAGGCAAACUAUAUCCGGACACAUGACUGCUUCUCCGAUGACAAGGUAGACAAGCCUACCGAGAUGACACGUAUAACGCAUAUCGAGGCACACAACAACACAUUCUUCGCAUAUGCCGCCCCGGACGAAUCAGACCAAUCGUCAUCAAUCGUAUUGCAAGGUUCGCAUGAGACUCGUCCGGACUCAUUGCCGACGAUCGUACCGGAACUCCAACACAAAGGUAUCAUCAGGGUCGUGCUCGGUGACUGGCAUUAUGGUGCGCUGACGACAAACGGUCAGCUGCUGACAUGGGGCCAAUAUAGCAAAGGCGCGGUAGGACAUGGCAAAUCGAAUUCUGACGUUCGAUCUACGGCCGAUGCGACAGCCCAGACCCGGCUAGCUCCGGCCAGGAGGGCUCAACAAGCUCCUGCGCUCAAUGUCGCAAAACCGACGGCUGUCGACUUCUCUGUCAGGCAGCCCGACCAACUCGCACCCCGCACCUCGCAGCAAUUCGUCUUCAACGCCUCUUUCGGUGGAUGGCACUCCUCCGCGCUGACCUUUUCGAAUUCUGAAGAGGAGGACGAUGACGAAGGUGACAGUGUCGACGACGAGCCUGGUGGAGAAACGAGCGAUAUGCCCGGCUCAUUUCCGCGGUCGAACGCAGAGCCAGACGAUCUAGCAGAUCCAGAUGGGGCGAUAGGAAAUCAUCCCCGCGUCUUCAGAGGCGCUGGAAGAUUCCGGAUCGGCUACGCCGGCCGCUUCAUGAAUAGAGGUGCUGGUCCUAGAUAA